AUGGCAACUGUGUUGGUCAUAGCAGCUGUUGCGAAUUUGGUGGCUUCACAUCCGAGCAAGAGUGAGCGAUUCUUCUCUCCCUCUCUCUCUCUCUCUCUCUCUCUCUCUCUCUCUCUCUCUCUCUCUUUCUCCAUCUUCCGUGAAAUUCUACCUGUGCCUACAUCUCUCUCCCCGUCUCCCGAUCAAGCCUUCUAUCGGAAAACAUCGUUUUUGUUUCUUGUUUUCCAGUUUAUUUUGAAAGACUUUUUUCCAAUUUACCAGCGCCUUCUUAAUAGUGCCACAUAUCUAUCUAUCUAUCUAUCUAUCUAUCUAUCUCAAGAUGUCUAUCUAUCUAUCUAUCUAUCUAUCUAUCAAUCUUCAUUAAAUUUAAUUUCUUAUUUUGCUUUUCUCAGUCUAUCUAUCUAUUUAUCUAUCUAUAUGUAUCAAUGGAGAAUUUCAUUAAAUUUAAUUGUUUAUUUUUCCUAA